AUGACAUCACGUCCUGGUGACAGUUCCACGGGGACGUCUCUGAGCACGUCCUCACCGCAGACAGCUGAAAAAUUUCUGGCCAGCACUGCCUGGGACGCAGUCGAGAAAAUCCCUCUGCGACAAAGAACUUUGUCGAAGCCCACGUCUCAUUUUGCCUUCUACCUAACAUUCCCGACCUCUCGAAUUCCGGAGACCUCUGUCUCUACUUUUGCCCCCACUGCUUUGCCCCCACGGACUUGGCGUGUCACUCCCAGUGAGGAAACAGCGGCCGGCUAUCUGGGGAAGGCCACGUUUGCCACACCCUGUGGUCCCCCACGCCUGCCCAGCAAGGCCUGCCUUCGCUGCCCUCGCGGGAGUCCCCCGGUUUCUGCCCCGGGUGGUGAUGGUAUGGGAAAUCUGAGAGUCACCAAGAAGGGAAUUCGACUUGAAGGUAUAUCUGAGUUUCUACUUCCAUUGUAUGUGAAAGAGAUUCAUUCCCGCAAGGAUAGUCCACUGGUCUUACAGUCUGACAGGAAUGUAACAGUGAAUGCAAGAAAUCACAUGGGGCAGUUGACUGGACAGCUGACCGUCGGAGCUGACGCUGUGGAAGCUCAGUGUAAAAGAUUUGAAGUGAGAGCGAGUGACGAUGGCAGGGUGCUGUUUUCUGCAGAUGAAGAUGAGAUUACCAUUGGGGCUGAAAAGCUGAAAGUUACAGGUACUGAAGGAGCAGUGUUCGGACACUCUGUGGAGACGCCUCACAUCAGAGCAGAGCCAUCCCAAGACCUCAGGCUUGAAUCACCAACCAGAUCCUUGAUAAUGGAAGCUCCUCGUGGAGUCCAGGUGAGCGCUGCUGCAGGAGAGCUCAAGGCCACCUGCCGGAAGGAACUCCACUUGCAGUCUACAGAGGGAGAGAUAUUUUUAAACGCAGAUACAAUACGGCUGGGAAAUCUCCCAACUGGCUCCUCUUCAUCUUCUACGUCCAGCUCCUCCAAUUCUCGACAGACAGUGUAUGAGCUCUGUGUGUGCGCCAACGGCAAGCUCUACCUUUCUCCAGCGGGAGUGGGCUCCACCUGUCAGUCCAGCAGUAACAUCUGCUUGUGGAGCUGA